AACAGAUACAAAGAACACAAAAUAGAAAUGUCACUGAAAACAACCAUCAAACACCUCCACUGCUACCACCCCCACUGCCUCCUCCAUCCCCUCUCGUCCUCUCGCUCCGUCUCCUCCCUCACCAUCCACCACCCAACACCACCACCACCACCGAAGCCCCCACACCCACAGCAGAGUAUCCAAAACCAAGAACCAUACUCACUUCUCAAGGAGGACCCAAUCCAAAUCUGCUCGUCCCUCUGGGUCAAGACCUUCUCGUCCCCACCCAACACCACCUUCCCCAACCUCACCGGCUUCCUCUCCAAGCUCGACCUCUGGGUCCUCGCCUACCAGCGCUGCUGCGCCCACGUGACCGGCACGUUCCCUCCCCGCAACGCCAUUCACUUCCACGUCCUCUCCGACCUGCUCUCCCUUCGAAACGCCGUCGUCCGCGGCCAAUUCCUGUGGAACAAGAAGACCCAGCAGUACAUUCAGAGCCCCAAUGAGAAGCCCCUUACCAAAUUGGUCUCUAAACGCAAGCUCCAGGCGAUUCUUGAAUCCGACGAGCCGUGCUUCCAGGACCGGGUCGUUCAGGAGGUCUUGCUAAUGGUAUUGGAGCCGGUUUUCGAGGCCCGGUUCUCGCCGAAAUCACACGCUUUUCGGCCCGGUCGUAGCGCGCACACGGUGAUUCGGACGAUUCGUAGUAACUUUGCUGGGUACUUGUGGUUCCUGAAAGGAGAUUUGAGUGAGAUUUUCGACAAUGUAGACGGGAAUGUGGUAUUGGGUUGCGUUGAAAAGGCCGUGAAGGAUAGGAAAGUGUUGGGUUUGAUCAAAUCGUCGCUUAGAGGACAGGUUCGAGAUCGGUCACAAUCAGAAACUGAAGGUAAAGAAGAGAUGAGGAAGAAGAGGAAAAAGAAGGCGCCUAAGAAGAAGAAGAUUCUCAACAAGAAUGAGCCGAAGCCGGACCCUUAUUGGUUAAGAACUUUCUUCAAUUUUGCGCCCAAAGAAGCUGCCAAGGUACCCUCUUAUGGCUAUUGUGGAAUCCUUAGUCCUUUAUUUGCGAAUGUGUGUCUUAAUGAAUUGGAUCAUAUGAUGGAAGAUAAAAUAGUGGCGUUUUUUAGGCCAUCUAAGCUUGAUUCGAUAUGGAAAGAUUCGAUUAAUGAUGGGUGUCAUAACCCGGCGUGGCCGGAGUUUGUUCCAUCUAGUGGAAAAGAGAAAACUAGAAAAAUGGAUUAUAUACGAUAUGGGGGUCAUUUCUUGAUUGGGAUACGGGGGCCGAGAGAGGAUGUGGUGCAAGUUAGAAAGGAAAUCAUUGAGUUUUGUGAGAGCAAGUUUGGGUUAAGGUUAGAUAAUUCGAAGGUGGAGAUAGAACACAUUACCAGGGGUAUACAGUUCUUGGAUCAUAUAAUUUGUCGCAGGGUGAUACACCCCACACUUCGAUACACGGCCACUGGGGGUAAUAUCAGGAGUGAAAAGGGUGUAGGUACUUUGCUUUCGGUUACUGCUAGCUUACAACAAUGUAUUCGCCAAUUCCGGCGGCUUGAGUUAGUUAAGGGUGAUAAGGAUCCUGAGCCACUGCCUUGCAAUCCAAUGUUGUAUUCAGGUCAAGCUCAUACAAAUUCCCAGAUGAAUAAAUUUCUUGAGACCAUGGCCGAUUGGUACAGAUAUGCUGAUAAUCGCAAGAAAGUUGUUGGCUUUUGUGCUUAUGUGAUUAGGAGCUCUUUGGCCAAACUUUAUGCUGCAAGGUAUAGACUAAAGUCUCGUGCUAAGGUGUAUAAGAUAGCUUCACGUGAUCUUAGCCAUCCACUGAGGGAGAGCAGUAACAAUUCAGCUCCUGAAUAUUCAGAUCUUUUGAGGAUGGGACUCGUUGAUGCUAUUCAAGGUGUUCAGUUUUCUCACAUGUCUUUGAUUCCAUCAUGUGAUUACACUCCAUUUCCAAGGAACUGGGUCCCAGCUCAUGAGAAGGUGUUGCGAGAGUAUAUUAGACUGGAAGAUCCGAAAUUCUUCUGUGACAUGCAUAGAUCAAUAAAACGGCAUGGUUUAAGUUUGCCUCAAGAUGAGAUAUCUGAUAUUGUUUGGGACUAUAAAACUCUUGGGGCCUGGAGCCGCCGGUCCAAUGAUGAAAAUAAAACAGACGAUGGCUCAGGUAACGUGGAUGAGGCACUGUGAAUGAAUUAGGUUAUGAAUAUAGAGAAGAAAUUUUGGAUCUUGAAAUUAAACUUAACGGAAAGUUGGCACUGGUGGGAGGUCCUUUUAACAUGGUCAUGGGGCAUCCUCCAUCUUCAUUAAUACUUGUCAACCGCAAACACUUGGACACAAACGUUUUCACACUAGAUGGCUAAAUACAGUACAUGGUUGACACUUCAAUACCCUCUCAAAAAUGAAUUUGCAGUCAUUCUUAGGUGAUUGUCUAUAGCCAAGAAAGAAUUUGUCCAUGGUGGAAGUGAUUGAAAUGAGAGUGUUGAUAUGGGAACUAGCAGGACAAGGACAGACUUGAAAUGAUUACAAUCAUGACAAGUGAGCAGUGGCACUAACUGGGGAACUAGAUGAGAUUAGAUUUUCUAGAACUUCUUGACUCAUGUAGUAGACAAGAAUGACUGCUCCUGAAGGGAUUGAUAUGUUUCAAGCUGAAUGUGCUAGCUGAGACAAGAGGAAGGCCAAGGACUUGGCUGAGAUAGCAAAGUGGAUUUGCCUGCAUAUAAAAUUACAGGAAAAGUGCGAGAAAAAGGUAAAUGGUGACUGGAUUUUGUAAGUGUCAACUUGUUUCAGUUUCAUAGGAGGGAUUUUGUUGAUAAAGUGGGUGGAGCUUUGAGGAGCCUUUCCCGUUGGAUUCUUUUAAUUCAGGAACGUAGCAUUCUCAGGAAAGAUCUUCUAAUAGAAAGAACGAAAAGUUUCAUCAACAGCUAAAAGAUUCUGGAUGAUCCACAAUAAUUGAUGCAUAGCCUCGACUUGCCUGGGAAUAUUUUAUUGUGAAUAGCUAACUGAUUGAAGAGCUAUCCUUAAAAGUCUCUGGGGCUGGAAUUCUUUCCUUUCAGUAUAGUACGUUGUUGAUGAGGUGCUGUGGACUUUCUGAAGUGAUCUUGAGUUUCUUAGUGACUUCAUAGCAUGAAGAAUCAGAUGAAGGGAUUGGACAGAAUUGCAGCUAUUCUUUGAUGCGCAAAAUAUCUUAUGUAAUGGUAUAGCAUAUAGUGGCAAAUUAUUUAAAUAUACAAUUGAAUGGCAAACCCCUGGUAAAUUGUGUGUAUUGACAUUCCAUGUAAAUGCUGUGGAACAUCAUGUGAAUUUUUAUCCCCAUGAUGAUAGUAGACUGUCUGUUUUGGCAUUAACAAUCUGUGUUCUUCACU